CGCCUAGAACAUCAAACUAUCCGCAGAUGAUUGCAAACUGUGAAAGUCCGGAUUAUAAAACAUGGGCCACUUAUAAAAUAAACGUCGUAAAAUUGUGCACAUCUCUUGAAUCAGCACGAAAACAUGCAGCAGAUUCACAAUAUCAGACGAUCGAUGAAGACCGGUUAGGAAGAGGACAAAGGCCACAUGUUCCAUAUAAUCGUUUCAGUAGUGACGCAGAAGAGUGCUCAACAAACAAACCUCGAAAGUAUGUAAAAAAAAAACAAGUCGACAUUGUUACUUCUAGGCCACCAUCGUGCCCUGAAAAUUUUGGCUUAUCUGAAAAAGGAGCAAACCGCGAAUAUAGACAAGUUACAACGUCACAACAAGCAAAACGACUCAAAACGAACAACACUGGUGUUGCUAAACCACUAUCACAUCCUGAGAGCUUGAAAUCAUUUAAUAAAGGAUCAAACGAUGAACGUAAUAAAAUGUCACAAGGGGAUAGAAACGCCAAUACGAGCACUAUUGUCUGUAGGAAUAAGUCACCAUUGUUGUUUGAUGACCGCGAACCUUCUGAUGUAGAAUAUAACGAUGAAUAUAAUAGUGACGACUAUAAUAACGAUGAAUACAAUAACGAUGAAUCUAAUAACGAGGAACAUAAUAACGAUGAAAUUCCAACGUCACAAGGUAUAUUAUCAAUAUUACGUACAUUUUGUGUGUGUUAUGCGUAUAUCCCAAUGAAAACAGCGUACUCAAAAUGAUGUCAAAACCGUCAUUUAACCGUUUUAUGUGUAAAUUCAUUAAUACUAAUCUACGUUGAAAAUAUUUUAAUUUAUCUCUUAAUCAUUAUAUAUAUGUAUAUGUGAUUUUGUAGCAAUUUUUUACUCUAAAUUAUAGUUAAUACACCUUGUAAAAAAACAAAGGAUGAAACGAUAUCACAGUUAAAUAACGGUAAUAUACAAGAAAGCAAUAGUAGCCCAUUAUUAGAAUUUGCUUCCGAUACGGAAAUUGCAUCAGAUGCAAAUGAAUCUUUGUACAAAAAUACCGACGAAAAUAAAAGUCCAUCAAUGCUA